UCCGGUGUGGAUCAUCUCAGCGCGCGCGCACUCUCUGAGCAGCAUCUGUUCCAGCCUCUGUCUUCACAUCACUUUGUGUGUGUUACAGUGUUACAGUGUGUGUGUGUGUGUGUGUGUGUGGGUUAGAGUAUUAAAGUGUGUGUGUGUGUCUGUGUGUAAAGGUGUGUGUGAAGCGGACACUUGUUGUUCUGUCGUCAGGUAAACGCAGACGCUCUGGCUCAGUCUGGUGCGCACAUGGCACCUUGGACGCAGCGCGCGCGCAGCAUGGAGCCUCGCGCUGGAGAAUCAAAGCUGCUGAACUAAACUUUUUUUUUUUUUUUUUUUUUUUUUAAACAUUUUGGGGGCUUUUUUGUGGAAGGUUGAAAAGGAAAAAAAGAGCGCAGAGUGAUCCAUGUUGCGGUUAAAGCACAUUCUGAGCCUCCGGGCGCCGCGGACGCGGAGCUGCGCUUCCCCGGGAGUCAGACUCUCAUCCCGGGCUCCUUCGUGCCAAAGCCCUGGUGCCAGCUCGAGGAUUUACUGUGCGUGUUUGCUGCUGCUGCUGCUGCUCACACCGCGCGUGGACUCUUCAUGGUGGUACAUCGGUGCUCUCGGGGCCCGCGUCAUCUGCGACAACAUUCCAGGUUUGGUGAACAAGCAGCGGCAACUGUGCCAGCGUCACCCGGACAUCAUGCAGGCCAUCGGCGAGGGAACCAAGGAGUGGAUCAGGGAGUGCCAGCACCAGUUCAGACACCACCGCUGGAACUGCAGCACGCUGGACCGCGACCACACCGUGUUCGGACGCGUCCUGCUACGCAGCAGUCGCGAGGCGGCCUUCGUCUACGCCAUCUCGUCGGCAGGCGUGGUGUACGCGCUGACCCGCGCCUGCAGCCAGGGGAAGCUGAAGACGUGUCACUGCGACCCACACAAGCGCGGGCGAGCCAGCGACGAGCGGGGGGACUUCGACUGGGGCGGCUGCAGCGACAACAUCAACUACGGCAUCAAGUUCGCCAAAGCCUUCAUCGACGCCAAAGAGAGGACGGUGCGAGACGCGCGAGCGCUCAUGAACCUGCACAACAACCGCUGCGGCAGAACUGCCGUGAAGCGAUUCAUGAAGCUGAAGUGUAAAUGUCACGGUGUGAGCGGCUCCUGCACGCUGCGCACGUGCUGGAUGGCCAUGUCGGACUUCAGGAAGACCGGCGACUACCUGAGGAGGAAAUACAACGGCGCCAUCGAGGUGACGAUGAACCAGGACGGGACGGGCUUCGCCGUGGCCAACAAAGCCUUCAGGAAGGCCACCAAGAACGACCUGGUCUACUUCGAGAACUCUCCGGAUUAUUGCUUACAGGACAAAGCAGCAGGUUCUCUGGGAACAGCCGGGCGCGUCUGCAACAAGACGUCACGCGGCACCGACGGCUGCGAGGUCAUGUGCUGUGGGCGGGGCUACGACACCACGCGAGUCAAGCAGAUCACCAAGUGCGAGUGCAAGUUCAAGUGGUGCUGCGCCGUGGAGUGCAAGGACUGCGAGGAGGCGGUGGACGUGCACACGUGCAAGGCGCCCAAACGAGCCGAAUGGCUGGACCAGACCUGAGGACACGCCCCCCAUCACACCCACCCACCCUCCUGCAAAGCAGCCCCGCCCCUUUCCCCCCCCUUUUGCAGGACGUCCUGUAGAAACAUGGCAUUCUGGGAAAGUUUGUCCGAAAAGUGCGCUGCGUCCGGUUCCUCGUUGCAUGGCUUGUCUCCUCGUCUCUGUGAAAGCACUAGAAUCCAAUACCCGUCAAUAUGAAUUAUUACCCAUAAUCCCUGUGUGUGAACGGCCCGCGAGACUGAAGCGCUGGGAUCUGACGACGGAAAACCAGCGAGAACCAGUGAAAGCUGAGCGGAACUUUUCUCUGGCGCGUGGUCGGGAGUUUGCUGCUUUUGUGACGCUUUAACAGACACAUGUUACAUGAACUGAGCCUUCAAACAUAUCCAGUAUUAUUACAACAACAUCAUUUACUCACAUAGUUCCUUUAUCCUCGUGGGGAAAAAUACACCUCUUCUUUUUCUCUUUUUUUUGGUUCUUUUUAAAUUUGACCCAAAACAGUAUUCACUCGGACUUUGGGGAGAAGCUUUGCGAGUGCACUUUGAGAAGUGGACGUCCGGGAGUCCGGACGCGGGACAAGCGGAGGACAUGGAGACAGAUGAGUAAAUGCACGGAUGCAUUAUGCAACUGUAAAAAAACAAAAAAAGUGAUUUAUUUAAAAUGUUUAAGUGUUUCAUUCCUCGCCCGCGGACGAGGCUGCACUACAUGAGAGAGAGACAGAGAGAGAGAGAGAACCUGUAACCACGUACGUUAGUUUUCAGCAUGUUUAAGUCCUGGAUGAUUCACUCAGUCACACGUAACCACAACAUCAGACAGAUGUCACUUCUCUGCUCUCCAGCUUGCUUGUAUAACAAUGUGUAUAUUAACCUCAUCUAAACAGAAGUUCAAUUGAAAUAUAUGGUGCAUUAGUACGACA